UUUUCUUCUUCAUGAUUCCUUCAUGAUAAAAAUUUAUUUUUUCUAAAAGCCUUCAAAUAAAAUUAAAUCUUUGAAAAUGUCCUCAAGUGCAUUAAGUGGAUAUGCAUUUUAUACUUCUGGUUCUCCAAGACAAGAUGGAGAGUCAAAAUGGAAAUAUUUUAUCAGAAAAUUAUUUACAACAAAAUCUCUGAGUAGUCUUGAAGAAGAUCAAGAAGCUUCGAAAUUAAAAAGGUCUCUUAAUUGGCUGGAUUUUAUUAUGCUUGGAAUAGGAAAUGUUAUUGGUUCGGGUAUAUUUGUACUUACAGGUCAAGCUGCAGCAACAAAAUCAGGACCGGCCAUCGUAAUUUCUUUCAUCAUUUCUGGAAUAGCAUCAAGUUUUGCAGCUUUGUCAUAUUCCGAACUUUCUACCAUGAUCCCAGUUGCCGGAUCUGCAUAUACAUAUUCUUACGCAACAAUGGGUGAGCUCAUGGGUUGGAUUAUAGGAUGGGAUCUUAUAUUAGAAUAUUUAGUCGCUGCGGCAGCCGUAGCAGUGGGCUGGUCGGCAUAUUUUGUUCAUUUCUUUAAUGACACGUUCGGUAUCGAACUUUCAAGUUCAUGGACAAAUGCUCCGUUUACGUUUGAUGAAACAACUGGAUCCUUCUCAACUGUACCUGGCGCAUAUUUUAAUUUACCAGCAUUUCUAAUAAUAUUACUUUUAACCGUUAUACUCAUUAUCGGUGUAAAAGAAUCUGCUACAGUAAAUACAGUAAUCGUGGGCAUUAAAAUUUUUGUCAUAGUAAUAUUUGUUAUAGCUGCUGGUACAAAGAUAAAUCCGGAAAAUUAUAAACCCUUUGUGCCACCAAAUGAAGGAACCUUUUCAGCAUUUGGUGUAACAGGAAUUUUUGCGGGAGCUAGUGAAGUAUUUUUCGCUUACAUUGGGUUUGAUGCAGUCUCCACUACCGCUCAAGAAGCUAAAAAUCCUCAAAGAGAUUUACCUAUUGGAAUUAUUGGAAGUCUAGGAAUUUGCACCAUUUUAUAUAUUGCAGUUUGUGUUGUUUUAACAGGAAUAGUUCCUUAUCGUCAGUUAAACAGUGCAGCUCCAAUAGCAGUUGCAGUUCAAUCGAUUAAUAUGAAAUGGCUCGAAAUUAUUGUAAACCUCGGAGCUAUUGCUGGAUUAACGUCUGUAAUGCUUGUAUCUCUUAUGGGACAACCACGUAUUUUUUAUUCAAUGGCACAAGACGGAUUGUUCCUUCCGAAAACAGCUUCUAAAGUUCAUCCCAAAUUUAAAACACCCUACGUAACAACGGCUAUCACUGGCGUGAUUUGCGCAGUAGCAUCAGCAGUACUUCCCAUAGACGUCUUGGCAAACUUAACAUCAGUUGGUACAUUAUUAGCAUUCUUUUUAGUAAAUAUAAGUGUAAUGAUAUUGCGGUUAACAGCGCCAGACGCUCCAAGAAAGUUCAAAGUACCAGGAGGACCUUUCAUUGUGCCUAUUUUAGGAGCAGCAUUAUCUUUAUUAUUAUUAGCCACAGCAACUGUAUCUAGUAUUGAAAGAUUGUUUGUUUGGAUGGCUAUUGGAUUAGUGAUUUAUUUUUCAUAUGGAAGAACACAUUCUAAAGCUAAUAAUAUGAAACGGUUAGAAGAAAAAGAAGGUAUUAAGGAAAUUGUAGAAUUGGAAAAGUCAGUAAAAAAGGAAGGAGAAAUUGAUGAAGUGGAAGUUACUGAAAUACCAUAGAAUAGAUAAGUUUGAAGAAAUUUCAUGAAAUUUAUUUAUUUAUUUAUUU